CUGCGUCCAGCAGGUGGGGGUAGUGCUGCCAGCUGCCAUGAAGCUGUGUGAAGAAGACGAGGAGGACCUGCGCAUGCGCCACACAGCCUGCAGGGUCAGAAUGUCUCUUUAGGACAAGUCUCAGUCCGGUACAGGUUCUCAGUCCGGUACAGGCUGCGGUACCGGGUCUCAUGUCCCGGCUGCUGCUGCUCCGGAGGCCCCUCAGCGGGUCUCCGUGCCUCCUCUCUGCCGGAUCCUGUCGCUCCUGCAGCGGAGCUUCUUCUCGGGGUCCUGGUCCUCCUCCGGGUCUCUCCUCCUCUCAGGUCCGGGUCUCUCCUCCUGGUCUUGGUCCGGGUUCUGGUUCCGGUCCUCCGGGUCUCUCCUCCUCUCAGGUCCGCAGCACCUUCCUGGAGUUCUUCCGGUCUCGCGGACACCAGCUGGUCCCGUCCGCCCCGGUGCGGCCGCGCGGGGACCCGAGCCUGCUGUUUGUUAACGCGGGGAUGAACCAGUUUAAGCCCCGCCUCCUGGGCACGGCCCCCCCCCGCAGCAUGUUAGCUUCUCUGCGGCGCGCGGCUAACGCUCAGAAGUGUGUGCGAGCGGGGGGGAAACACAACGACCUGCAGGACGUCGGGAGAGACCUCACUCACCUGAGCUUCUUCGAGAUGAUGGGGAGCUGGAGCUUUGGAGACUACUUCAAGGAGGAGGCGUGCAGAAUGGCCUGGACACUCCUCACUGAGUAUUAUGGGAUAUCAGCUGAUCGACUGUAUGUUUCAUACUUUGGAGGAAACGCUGAGUCAGGACUUCCUGCUGACGAGGAGACGAGGAACGUCUGGCUGGAGAUCGGGGUGCCCCCGGCCCGUCUGCUGCCCUUCGAUAUGAAGCAGAACUUCUGGGAGAUGGGGCCCUGCGGCCCCUGUGGACCCUGCUCUGAGAUCCACUACGACCACCUGGGGGGGAGGGACGCUGCACACCUGGUGAACGCUGACUGUCCUGAGGUGGUGGAGGUCUGGAACCUGGUGUUCAUGCAGUACAACAGGGAGGCGGACCUCUCCCUGCAGCCCCUCCCCCUCCUCUCUGUUGAUACAGGGAUGGGUUUGGAGCGUCUGGUCAGCGUCCUUCAGGGAACACUCAGUACCUACAACACUGACCUGUUCACCCCCCUGCUGGAGGAGAUACACCAGAGGUCAGGUGUCCCUCCGUACGGCGGCAGGACGGGCGCGGCGGACGGGGAUCGAACCGAUAUGGCGUACCGCGUGGUGGCGGACCAUGUGCGCACGCUCAGUGUGUGUGUGGCCGAUGGCGUGCACCCCGGCAUGUCGGGCGCAGAGCUGGUGUUGAGGAGGAUCCUCAGACGGGCCCUCAGGUUCUGUGUGGAGGUUCUCCGGGCUCCUCAGGGGACUCUGGCCGCUCUGGUGCCGACCGUCGCACACACUUUGGGUGAUGUGUAUCCAGAGCUCCACAGGGAGGCUGACAGGAUUGCGGAUGUCAUCAACGACGGCGAGGCUCACUUCCUGUCAUCUCUGCAGCGGGGCAGCCGGCUGAUCCUGCGCACGCUCAACAUGAAGAACUACAAAGAUGGAGUCUUCCCUGCCUCUGUGGUCUGGUCUCUGCACAGGAACCUGGGUUUCCCUCUGGACCUGGUGGACCUGAUGUUGGAGGAGAGAGGAGUCCAGGUGGACCAGGAGGGUCUGCAGCGCCUCAUCUCAGAGAGCCAGGUGAAGUCUGGGGGUCAGACAGGUGUUCAGUCUCAGGUGUUGGACGUCCUCAGUCUUGCGGAGCUGCAGCGUCUUAGAGUCCCUCACACCGACGACAGCCUGAAGUACCAGUACAGCCUGCAGCAAGACAGAUACGCGUUCCCAGCAUGCAGUGCGGUGGUGCUGGCCCUGUAUGAUGGCAGCUCUCUGGUCUCGGAGGUGGGGGAGGGGCAGCGCUGCUUCGUGGUUCUGGAUCAGACCUGUUUCUACUCGGAGCAGGGGGGGCAGUCACACGACCAGGGAUACUUCACCCGGGACGGCCUGCAGGACGUCCCGUUUCCUGUGGAGGCCGUGGAGCAGGCGGGGGGGUAUGUGGUGCAUCAGGUGACCACAGCUGGACCCCUGAAGACCGGAGACCAGGUGCAGCUCCACCUGGACCAGGUCCACAGAAUGUCCCUCAUGGUGAACCACACAGCGACUCACCUCCUGAACUUCUCUCUGAAGACGGUUCUCGGGGACUCGGUCCAACAGAGAGGAUCCCACGUCUCAGCUGAGAGACUCCGCUUCGACUUCAGCUGCAAGGGUCUGCUGGACGCGUCUCAGCUGCAGCAGGUGGACAGGUGUGUUAAUGACAUCAUCUCAGCCAAUCAGAUCGUCCACAGCGAGGAGCUUCCUCUGGAGAGAGCGAGAAGCAUCGGGGGGGUUAGGACCGUGGACGAGGUGUAUCCUGAUCCUGUGAGGGUGGUGUCUGUCUGCCUGACGGCCUCUGAGCUGUUGUCAGACAGACAGUCAGACAGACAGGUGUCUGUGGAGCUGUGCUGUGGAACGCACCUGAGGAGCACCGGCUCCAUCGAGGACCUGGUUCUGGUCUCUGAGCGCCAGCUGGUGAGAGGGAUCAGCCGAGUCCUCGCUCUGACAGGAGGCCGAGCUACAAGGGCGCGGGAGGACGGUCAGGUUCUGUCUCAGGACGUGGACUCUCUGUCAGCCAGACUCUCAGGCUCCGCCCCCUCCAGCCUGGACUCCGCCCAGCGACUCGCCAAGGAGGUCGGCAUCCUCUCAGACGCUGUAGAUAACACCCCCAUCCCUCAGUGGCAGCGCAGAGACCUGCAGGGACGCCUGAAAGCCCUGCAGAGGAGCAGCAACACCUCCGUGAGGAAGCUGGAGACCAGAGAGGCAGCGGCUCUGGCCCAGGCUCUGCUCCAGGAGGGGGGGGGGGGGCAGGUUCUGGUGCGCUCAGUGCAGACGGACUCUCUGCAGAUGUUAAUGAAGACGGUGAACCAGCUGAGCGCCGCCGCUCCUCGCAGUCAUGUGAUGCUGCUCGCUCCCCAGAUGCAUUCUGGGAAGGUGCUGUGUGCCUGUCAGGUUCCAAAGGACUCCGCCCUCCUCCCUGCCUCUGAUUGGGCAGUGGCGGUGUGUCGUCACUUCGGGGGGAGCGGGGGGGGCUCUGCGCUGGUUGCCAAGGGAACAGGAAGCAGCGAUGACAUCCCUGAAGCUCUGAAGUGGGCGGAGCAGUUUGCUCGCCAGACAACACAGCGAUGACAUCACAGCGCCUCCUGCUGAGCAGCUGUCUCCUGAUUGGACACGAGGGUUGGGGCAAUGAAGUGUCAACCAAUGGGACAUCUGUUUGGGAUGGGGGUGUGGCUCGUGGGCAGGCCUUCUCUUUGAUGCUCUCAGCCAAUCAGAGAAACUCUCAUAAGCAGCCUUCCUGUCUGUUAGCAUGCUAAUGAUUAGCAUCUUUAAAGGAAUGAUUUUGUGUAUCAGAAACACCUGGACACUAUCAGGAGACUGUUGGCCCCGCCCACUGCUGCAGUCAGGCUCCUCAUUGGACGACUCUCAGAUGAGAUAUUUUAUGUGAAUUUAACAUUUCUGUGUUUGUAAUAAAUCACUGCUCACUCA